AUGAGCGGAGAGGUCGAUCUCCAAGUCCUGUGGUUGAUCGGAAUCGAAACCGAGAGUCAGACCUCGAGGACAUCAUGUGGAACCGAUCGGGGAGGCCUCGUGACCAUGAGUCUAGCGGUUCGAAUUCGUUCGAAACACGAUGGAGGGAUUCUACUGCAUUUGUGGAUCACCCUCCGAGACUCCCUCUACCGGUUGAGUUCACGAGUCCACCACCGAGACGUCCCAUUCAUCAGGAACCAGAUGAAUUGGACUUGGUACGGGCCGAGCGAGAAGAGAUGCAGCGAAUGCGACGAGAAAUCGAAAUGGAAAAGGCCAAGAUCAUUCGGGGACAAGAGGAAACUCGGAAGAGAUUAUCCGCCCCACCCCCUCCAGUCAUUCAUGAAUCCGUCCCAAGUCCCAUUCAACCCGUGAUAAAGCCUGGGAAUUAUUUGAUUGCCACGGUGGAUCUGACCACGUGGAAAGACCGCGAAGGAGUCUCGGGUUCCAUGAUCCAAUUGGGGACAUACUUGCCUCAUGGAGUCUCACACAGUUUUUGUAUGCUCCCGGAAAACGUGGACCAAUCUGACCUGAUCUCAUGUGGCGUGUUCUUCAAGGUUCGCGAAGCCAUGUUCAUGAAAGUGGGUUCCAAAUUGGUUCCCACAUUUCCUCGCGAUCAUUCUCUCGUGUCAUUUCUCGACUUCCUGGAGAAGGGUUGUCGACGUGUCCGACCGGCAUUUGAUGGCGUCAUCCUCUUGUCCUAUCUCCAGGAGGACUUGCCUCAUGUAAUCAAAGCUUUUAUGAAGGCCGGCCUUUACGACCGAUUCGCCAAUGUGGUCAAAGGCGUGGCUGACCUUUGCAAUUUUGUGGCCAAGGAACACUCCUGGCGGUUCAUGGUGAACGGGAAACUGGAACUGUCCUUGGCCCAUGUGUAUUACAAUACAGUGGGAGAGCGCUUCAACCACGCCAAUCGCGGACCCGACGGUCGAGCUGAGGGCAUUUAUCAGUGUUUGGAACGUCUCCUGGAGAACAAGCCCUCUUUCGGCAACUUCAUCGGAAAGUUUGCUCAUCAUUUGAAAUCAAGAGAGAUCUUGAAGCUGGUGAACUUCAAAACAGAAGCCGAACGCUUGGAACUUUUUCUGCCCUUGCAACUAUUUAUCGCCGAUGAGCUCGCUGACGAACAAGUCGAGCUCAUCGUGGCCAGUGUUUACGCUCCUAGUGAGCAAGAUGAGGAGAAAUACCUAUCCGAGCCGCAAAAAGUUGCCAUAGGCAUGUGCCAGAUUCUGGUUCAAGCCGGAUUUGAUUUCGAGGGACUCCUCAAAUCCUACCAGCAAGAGGGUCUGGCUCAACUCGAGUUGAAAUUGAGAACCACGUUUUUGGAGCGGAUGAUGAACAAGAGUAGAGCGGUCAUUGAUCAAACCAUUCGGACCCAAAAGCUGGUGGUAGCCUUCUUCAGGCGCCACGGUCACUUCAGUUUCGACCAUCUCAUGACCUUAGCCAAGGACCAGCAUGCUAAGGACAAAGCCAAGGACGCAGCGGACUUGUCCCACGCAACGUCUCUACUGGGUCCCUAUCCUGGGCCAAUGACCCUGAAUGUGCCUCCUCCGCCCAUCCCCAAUGGAGCGAUCAAGAGCGCUCCACUCCCACCUCCACCCAUCGUCAGCGAAAGAGAGCUAGAAGCUUAUAAAGAAUGCGCCAAUGGCCUGAUGGGCUUCAAGGCCUCGUUUGUGAAGACCAUCCUCAAAAGCCCAGGACUGCCUGCAUCCAAUCCCGAGACUCUGGCCGACAUGGUGGUCAAUAUCGUCAUCAAAAGUGGCUACACACACGACCGCUUGAUGGGCAUCUACCUCGAGGACAAAUCCCAGAACGCCAAUCGCAACGGACUUCGCCGCCUUUUCGGACUGACCCUGAAAGCGGCAUUCAACGCUUUGCCGCCCCCUGGCGUGAAAUUGGAGGACAUUAUUAACCAUAUCAUCGACUAUUACGGAAACUGCAUCGGGAGCAUCAAAGUGGCCAAGAGUACUCUAGGGAUAUCCACCAACGGCGGAAAGCUCACCAAAGAAGUGGCUGACAAGUGCUUGGCGGAUCACAUCCACAAAUUGGAUGUAGCCGUCAAUGAGAAGUACGGUGCCACGUUGGCGAAUUUUCGAGCAAAAAUCCGGACCCUUGCUGCACUGAAGAGCUCGUUUUCCGACUCUAACCAGGAAUUGAAUAGAAGCCCAGGGUUUAUCGGAAAGGCCGCAGAGUACAUGGUUAAGUUAGUGGCGUUUGCUGGAUUCGAUCUGAGCAAAUUGAAACGACUGUACGAAAAAUCCGAGGCGAGUUUGGCAGGCAACGUUUAUUCGGCCCUUCGCAAACAUCAAGAACUGAUUCCUACCCAGCUUUGGACCAUUGAUGGGUUGGUUGAGCACGUGAUUGAGCAUUUUAAACCCAAAGAAAGCUCCUUGAAAGAGGUCAAGAUUGAGACCGUCGUCGUCUGAGAAACGUGUUUCCGAAUUUCUGAUGAUUGGCAUUGCUAAUAAAAAGUUGUUCAGGUUU